CUCCUUCCAAAAAAAGAAAAACCCUCUCCCAUCUCUCUCUAACCCUAUCUCUCUCUCUCUACACUCAUUCAAUAAAAUAUAACCCUAACUCUAUCUUUAUAUACUUGUAAAAAUAAAAAUAAAAAAUCUCUUUGUGUGUGUAUGAGUGGUUGUUCUUGUGUUCUUAAAUGGGAAUGGAGCAAAACAACGUGAUUGCACCGUUCAUUAUGAAGACAUACCACAUGGUUAAUGAACCAAACACAGAUAACCUUAUCAAGUGGGGCCCAUCUAACAAUAGUUUCAUUGUUCUUGAUCCCUUAGAAUUUUCUCACUCUCUUCUUCCUCUUUUCUUCAAACACAACAAUUUCUCUAGCUUUGUUCGUCAACUCAACACUUAUGGUUUCAGAAAAGUGGAUCCGGAUAGAUGGGAAUUUGCGAAUGAGUGGUUUCUAAGAGGACAAAAACACUUGUUGAAGAACAUAGUUAGGAAGAAACAUGUUGGUGGUAUUGGAAAUGGAAGGAAUAAUAAUUGUUAUAACAAUAAUAAUUAUUUUAAUGAGGUGAAGUUUGAAGAUUUAGAAGAAGAUGAAGCUAUGGUGACGGAAAUAAUGAAGUUGAAAGAAGAACAAAGAAAUUUAGAAGAAGAGCUUCAAGGAAUGAACAAAAGAUUAGAAACAACUGAGAAAAGACCACAACAAAUGAUGGCGUUUUUAUGUAAUGUCGUUGAAGAUCCUCAAAUUUUGUCUAGAAUACUCAAUGAAAGGGAGAGUAAAAAAUUUGUUGAUAAGAAGAAACGACGGUUGAUAUCUCCGGUGGUUACGGCGGCGGUGACAACGUCGACUUCCUCGGAGUCGUCGGGCAUGGCGAUGGCGAAUUCGGUGAAGAUGGAGUUUGAGGAAGAUGAGGUAACGGUUGGUAAUAACAUGAUGUCAUCGUCAACGGAGGUUGGUUUUGAAAUUGAUUAUUUGCACCGUGUGCCACCGCGGGAGGUGGCUCCGGUGGGUGGUUGGUUGGGGCAGACGGAGUUUGGACAAAUGGUUUAUGGGCGUGAUUGUGGAGUUUCACGGAUGCCGGAGCUGUCUCCGGUGCCGGCGCCGAUGACGUGGGGUGAGAAUAGAAGUGAUAGUAGUAGUAAAAAAGGGGGUGAGGGAAAUUUCAAUGAAAUGGCGGCGGAGAAUAGUAAGUUGCCACCUUAUCCUUUUUCGUUGUUAGAAGGUGGCUUUUAGCUUUUAAUUUGAAUUUUCUUUCAUAAAAUUUUAUCUUGGAUUCUAUCUUUUUUCUAUAAAAAGUCAUAUUUUUCUCUUUUUAGAUUUCUUUGUAAUAUCUCUAUAUAUAUAGUUUUUUAAUUUGUGUGUAAAGAGAUAAAACAAAAAGUCAAAAGGAGAUAGAAAAUAGAAACCAUUAGAUAUUUUUUUAGAGGAAAAACCAUUAGAUAUUUUGUAGUGUUGAAUCUUUAUUUUAUGCUUAUUGUUUCAUGAAAUAAAGUUUAAUUAAGUUGGAUUUUGGAUUCA